AUGUUGGAUUCCUCAGCCGAAGGGCCACCGCAACAUAAAGAAACUAAGACGUCCCUGCCUCUGUCGUUUCCGUUAUCUUUAUUACCAGAUGAGGUAGCUCUGAGUUGCCUGGCUCGAGUCCCCAGAUCUGACUACAUAGCCUUAUCUCUCGUCUCCAAGAAAUACCGCUCUCUCGUGUGUUUACCUGCCUUGUAUAAGAAGCGAUCCAUAUUAGGUUUUACUGAGGAUUGCUUCUACAUAUGCUUAAGCAGCGGCGGUUAUGAAUCAAGCCCAGUCUGGCUCAUCUUCCACCGUGAAAAACGGUUCAUGAUCCCAAUACCUACGUUACUUCCUCAGCUUCCGAGAGGAUCUUCUGUUGUGGUGCUAGAUGGGAAGAUCUAUGUGAUCGGUGGGUUGUCAGGUACGAAACACUCUUCUUCUGAUGUCUUUCUAUUGGAUUGUCGGUCACACACAUGGCACUGCGUCCCUUCCAUGAGUGUGCCUCGAUCAUUUUCGGCUGCUGGUGUAGUAGACGGGAAGAUUUACGUGAUAGGAGGUUGCAGAACUAUUGAUCUUUCCUUGUGCUAUGGAGAGGUAUUUGAUCCAAAGACUCAAACAUGGGAGACGUUGGUGCCAAUAACGGAUCAUAACACUAAGAAAUUAUUCGAUUACAACCAUGUCUAUGACGAAAGCCUGGUGAUCGAGGAUAAAGUUUACGCAUUACAUAGGGCAAGAGGCGUUUAUUACUCGCCCCAUGAAGCUAAAUGGGAAUUAACGGAAAACGAUGUUUGGCGUCUACGAUUCCAGAAUCAUUGCUGUGUGAUGGAGAAAUUGUUAUAUGGUUGUGAUGAUUACGGGGAUGUGUUUUGGUGUGAGUGA